CGUUGUCGGUCAGUUCCCAUAUUAACUUCAUCCCACGUUAUUUAUUAUUCACAUUGAAACAAGGGUUAGCUAGAAUUCUCUCUGCACCAAAAAUCGUGAAAAUUCUCUGGAUUUCUCUUUGAUCAUGGAGUUGGAACACGUGACCGUCAUUCCCAUAACGCACCUGGAUCAACCAAGGAAGAGAGCGCGUUUUGGCUGGGACGUGCCUCAGGCCCAGGUAGGAAUAUUUUGUGGACAAGAGGUUGGAAAUGUAGCAAGCUAUGCAUCUUCAGGAGCAAUCUCAGGCCAUACUAGUUCUCUGUUUGUUAAAGGAGUGGCUCAAAAUGGUUCUCCCCCAUGGAGGGAAGAUGACAAGGAUGGCCAUUACAUGUUUGCGCUUGGAGAUAAUUUAACUUCCCGCUACAAGAUACACAGCAAAAUGGGAGAAGGCACCUUCGGUCAGGUUUUGGAAUGCUGGGACAGAGAAAGAAAGGAAAUGGUCGCCAUCAAAAUUGUACGUGGCAUCAAGAAAUAUAGGGAAGCAGCUAUGAUAGAAAUUGAAGUGCUGCAACAUCUUGGUAAACAUGAUAAAGGGAGCAACCGUUGUGUGCAAAUACGGAACUGGUUUGACUAUCGUAACCAUAUCUGUAUUGUAUUUGAGAAGCUUGGACCAAGCUUAUACGAUUUUCUUCGCAAAAACAAUUAUCGCUCAUUUCCCAUUGAUCUUGUCCGUGAGAUUGGCAGACAACUGUUGGAAUGUGUAGCAUUUAUGCAUGACCUGCGUAUGAUACAUACUGAUUUGAAGCCUGAGAACAUACUCCUGGUUUCUUCUGACUAUGUAAAAGUUCCUGAUUACAAGAACUCAUCUCGUUCACCAAAGGACAUUUCCUACUAUAAAAGAGUCCCAAAAUCAAGUGCCAUUAAGGUAAUUGAUUUUGGUAGCACAACUUAUGAGCGACAAGAUCAGAAUUACAUUGUAUCAACACGGCAUUACCGCGCACCAGAAGUUAUUCUUGGACUUGGAUGGAGUUAUCCUUGUGAUAUAUGGAGUGUUGGUUGCAUCUUAGUGGAGUUAUGCACUGGUGAGGCUUUAUUUCAAACACAUGAAAAUUUGGAACAUCUUGCAAUGAUGGAACGAGUGCUUGGUCCUAUACCACAGCAUGUACUGAAGAGAGUGGAUCGACAUGCUGGGAAGUAUGUUAGAAGGGGUAGGCUGGACUGGCCAGAGGGAGCUGCUUCAAGAGAAAGUAUGAAAGCUGUUUUGAAGCUACCCCGACUUCAGAAUCUAGUAAUGCAACAUGUGGACCAGUCUGCUGGAGAUCUUAUACACCUCCUGCAAGGACUGCUUAGAUAUGAUCCCUUGGACAGGUUAACAGCUCGAGAAGCUCUGAGACAUCCCUUCUUAGCAAAAGUUCAGCAUAGGAGGUGAGGAAUAGAAUGGUCAUGCUAAGAGCUGAGGGCCUGUGAUUGUGUACUGUGUUGUUGCUUUAUUGGGGCUGUGGCAGUUAAUCCAGCUGACAGUGGUGAAGUUCUUACGUUAAGAAUCUGCGUUGCCUAUUACACCCCAACCAUUGGAGAGGUUGGCAUCUGUAAGUAUCUUUGGCAUAAAACUCAGGCACCUCUGCUUAAAUGUCAGGAACCGCUGCUGGGCGUCUCGCUUAGUGUGCUUGCUGGGUUUGAAUGUAUUGUUAGAAGUUGCUAACCCAAUUCCAAGAGUGUACGGUAGGGAAAUCUUGUUGAGAAUUAUUAAUAGAAUGUUGAUUUGGAAGCAGUCCGUCCAAUUCUUUUUACCGUUUUUGGUUGAUUAAACUGCUCCAUUCGUUUUA